UUCCAUCAAGUUCCAUCAUCAGUGUCACUGUCAAUCCAAAAAACAAAUUUUUAAAAGGCAAAUUGUAAUUUUGUGAAAAACAAAAAAAAAUGAAAUAAAAUUUCUCUAAUCACCUAUCUAACCAUUUAUGUUGAGCCAAGCAAUUCAGUGCAGGACAUUAAAGAAACCUUCACUAAAAUUUGUUAACUAGGCAAGUUCUAGCGUUUUACUAGCCUCAUAGCGCUAUACUCAUUUAACUCGUGUUUAUGUAAUACAUUUUAUCAUCAAUAUCUCGUUUAAUCUGAACCAAAUAAUGACGAGUAGAUACAGAUUGCUGAGGAGCACAUUUUGUAGGGUAUCUGGUAGUUUUCGAUCAAUCCAUAAUGCAUCAGUUAAAGUCUACAACAUUCGUAAAUCUACAAAACCAUGUGUACUAGCUUUUUCCUUAUUCACUUGGCUCGGAUUUGAAAAGAAAUUGACUGCUGAGGAUGAACUUGUACACACCAUAAAACAUUGCAUCUUGUUUAUUCAAAGAAAUGAAUAUGAGAAAGCUGAACAGUUACUUCAUGUAGCGUUGAGACAGGCUCAACAAAUUCGUCACGAACUUGGUAUAACUUAUGUUUAUGACGUAAUGGCGAAUUUGGCACUUCAGAGGGAAGAAUUAGAUAAGGCUAAACAAUUAUUUAUUGCUGUUACACAAAGAAUUAUGGCAGAUGGUGCACAAGAAGAUGAUCCGAGAGUCAUUCAUCUCAGCGUGAAAUUAGCAAGAGUUAGCCAUCUGAAGAAAGAUUAUUCUACAGCACAAUUGGGUUAUGACUGGUGUAUAGAGAAAUUAAAUAGGUUAUUGGAGACAGACCCAUCAGAUGCAACACAAAAACUUCUAGCAAUGGCUGAAGAUUGGUAUGGCAGACUGUUUGUAGACCUCAACAAAUGUGAAGAAGGCCUGAAGCUCAUGAAGAGUUCCCUGAAUAGGAUGAGACUAGUGCCAGAUAUGGAUAAAGAAGAAAUUGUGUAUCAAUUAAAUGACAUUGGUACAGUAUGUGAUAGCCUUGGACUUUCCGAUGACAGUAUAACGUAUUUCAAGGAAGCCAUUGAAUUAGCAAAGUCCGCAAAGAUUGAAGAUGUAGGCACUAUGUAUGUUAAUUUAGGAAGGGCCUACAUCAAUACACAACUAUUAGAUGCAGCAAGAAAAUCAUGUGGGUAUGCUUGGAAGUUGGGAGUUAUGUCAAAAAAUCAAGAUGUAAAGCAAGAAGCGGAACUAUGUAUCAAACAAAUAAAUAACCUAGUGUAGAUAACUUUUUAUUUAAGAAAAAUAGUGUUGGCAUGUUUCACUUACAUUAACAUUUUAUAGAAAUAAUAAUGUGAACUAAAUUAAUAAAAUCUCAUGUCCCCCCUGUGACAAAAAAUUGUGGCACAAAAGUAAUACAAUAGUUUUUUUAUUAUUAAUAAAUUCAUUGCAAAAUGAACUGGUUGCUAGUUACAUACAAAUGUUAUACCUAUUUUUAUUAAUAAAUAUAUUUAUUUUA